CCAAGGCAGAGAGAUCCCCCUUCUUCACCUCCCACGCCCCCCAGGGCGGGGCGGGAUGGAGGUUCCGGGGUGCUGCGCUGAGCUCCCUCUGCCCCCCGACCUGAAGGAUCUGGAGAGCAAAGUCGGGCAGAGACCCCCAGACGGGCUGCUGCGCUGGCUGCGGGAAGACCCGGUGGCUCAUUUGCUCCGGAGCAGCCCGAGCCGGGGGCUGCGCCACGGCCUGGGGGAGAAGAUCAAAGCUCUGAAGGUGGAACUGGCCUAUCUAAGAGCAAUUGAUAUCAAGAUCCUACAGCAACUAGUUGCUGUGAAUGAGGGAAUAGAGGCAGUGAAGUGGCUGUUAGAUGAGAAAGGGAUGCUGACCAGCCGCUGCAGCAGCCUUACCAGCAGCCAAUACAGCCUGGCAGAGAGCCAAGAGACAUCUCGACGGGGAAGCUGGAACAGCCUUCAGGAUCCCAAUGACAAGUUGGACAGCAUCUCUAUUGGCAGCUAUUUGGACACACUGGCUGAUGAUAUGGAUGAGUAUGGACAAGGACCUUCCAUAGAACCCAUAAUGGCAUCCACCCCAGGAAGGCCACUGGCCAGAGCUGAAUUGGAACGAUCAAAGACUGACCUAGAAAGGGGCCUUCCUGCCAAAAAUGACAAAGACCAGGACAAGAGCAAAACAUAUCUUGAGAGGGUUCCUGGUUUGGUUAAAAGCCAAAGUUCCACUGAGCACAACAGAGCUUCCAGGCAGUCGCCACCAAUGGCCAAUGGGCUUUUGAGCAGACAAGUCCCAGGACUGGAGCAGAGCACUGAAACUAAAUUGACUUCAGCAGCUGCAGAGCAAUUGAGCGAAGGUAGUCCAGCAACAAAGGCCUUCAGGAAUAACAAAGUUGACUUUGAUAAUUACAAGUUCAAUAGCAGGAGUCACCUGGAGUAUGAUGCCCACUGGCAGUGGGUUCAGUCCCAAGAGGAUGUGACAUUCUUGUAGCUUCCAAGAGCUGCUGUCUAGGUCAAUGAUUAUGGGCUCAGGGCCACUAGUCUUUUGCACUUUGGGCUGAAGCUCGACUUUCCUUGCCAAAAUGGCUGCUUUUAUUUGACCAAGUGUGUGGAUGCAUUUGCUGGUGGACAGAACAUAUUUAUACCAGACAGGUUGCAUUGUUCCUCCUCGACAUUUAUAUCCAGGGAAAACACUCCUCUGAGGGAAGC